AUCAAUUUCGAACUUCCACUUCCGACCAGAUUUGAUUUUCAGACAAGACAAUCUGUCCAAUUCUUUUCUCUUACAACGUGAUAUAUACGGGAAGCAAGCUCUUAAGCAUCGCCUCCUCCGAUUCAAACUUGUUACAUCUCACAUUCAUCCCCAAGGGUUUCUACUAUGUCGAGUUUUCUAAAUAAUAACAGAGGUCUCGUCAACUUUGACCAGAAAAGUCUUGCAAGUACGUCAAGGGGAUUUAAUCCCCGCAAUAGCUUCAUAAAAUACUGAUCGACUUUUCUAGUUGCGGCAGCAUCCAUUGCAUUUAACCCAAUAUUCUGGAAGUAAGCUUCCUAUUCCCUCUUCCCCUUCAACUAGUGUCAAGCUAACCUAAGCUCUCAGUACCGUCGCUCGUCAAGGUGAAUAUACAAUUAUCCUACUUAUUACCCAAAAGCACUUAUUGGUCUGAUUUUCCUAUAUACAGAAUACCACAAUAAAAUCCUCACAAAACUCUUCAAUGGAAAUUCUCGUUAUGGAUGUUAUUUCCUCGCGGUAGUCAUCUUUUCCCUCGGUAUCUUCCGGGAUUUCCUCUACGAACGCGCCUUACGCUCUCAACCCACUCAUCCUUUACUUCUAUCCCCUCUCUCACAAUAUGCAUCCUACGCACUUCUUAUCUGUGGUAAUACUCUUGUCAUCAGUUCCAUGUGGGCAUUGGGUGUCACGGGUACAUACUUAGGAGAUUAUUUUGGUAUCUUGAUGGAUAAGAUGGUCACCGGCUUUCCCUUUAAUGUUAGCAAUGCGCCUAUGUAUUAUGGAAGUACGAUGAGCUUUUUGGGAACGGCACUUUGGUGGGGAAAGCCAGCUGGGGUCCUUUUGACGGUGGAGGUAUUGGUUGUUUAUCUUUUGGCGUUGAGGUUUGAGGAUCCAUUUACGGCUGGGAUUUAUGCGAAGAGAGAGAGGGAGAGAAGUGCAAAGAAGGGAAAGAAGGGAUUGUAGAUGAUAUUUGUUGGGGUAGGGGAAGAGUUCUGUGGAUAUAGGUGGACCUAGUGGAGUCCGGGGGAGUAAGGUUUGAAACCGGGGGAAGUGCGGAUCUGGGGUAGUGCUAUGGGGCAGUGGAGGUAGUAUAUGAUGGUGGUGAUGGCGAGGAGAGGUUAAUAAUUUUCAAAGGAAAAAAAAACAGCUAGAGCAA